AUGUCCUACGUGGUGAAACGAAGAACCCGAAAGGCGUGCGACCUCUGCAAUAUCAAACGGACAAAGUGCGGAGGCGGGGACCCGUGCACUAACUGCUCGCGAACCGAUCUGGAAUGCACCUACAACCGAGUGGAAAGGAAGCGCGGCAGAGCCAGCGAGAGAUAUCCCAAGGUCAGACGCAAGAACGCUUCAAAGGCCACGCCGGAUAGCCAGUUGCAUACUUCUAGCAUGGAGUACCACCAGGAGGGAUCAAUCUUGUUGCCAUUCUCAACGAGUAUUAUGAGCUCUAAUACAACUUACAAUAGAGCCGGGCCACAAACCUACUAUGGUCAUACCCCACCAAUUUGUGCCCUAAGGAAUCUUGGAAACAUGCCCUUCCAGCUUGAAGACGGAUCCGAAGCACCACCCUUCCGGCCAGGGGGGUUUGAAAUCCUCCGCAAGAAAUUAGCAUAUCCGAAAGCUACACACAGAUCUCUGAUCUACGACUACAAAACUUCACUCCUUGGCAGAGGAGUGCCCAUCCGUGAACUGUUGUUUUCUAAGAUAGAACGCUCAAAGGAGUCAUUUUUUACCCAGAGAGGUGACCUUUCCCAAGAUUUGACAAAGAAUGUCUCCUCGGAAGCAAGUCUAAAAUUCUCCGAGUCAUUGCACAAAGAGGUGUAUUCCACAAACGAGCUUAAGAAGAGACAGGGAGACAGACAAGGUGCGGAACGGACAUACUUACAAGACUCACAAAAAUACCACCAAAGGGGCUAUACAUAUUACGGGCUAUUUGGCGGUGAGUCUCUCCAGACUUUUUACGACCAAAGCUCGAGCAGUUAUGGCCACCAAGGAACCUCCCCAGGAUUGAUUUUGCAUAAUAUGAUGUAUACCCCACAGGAAAAACACCUGGGGGAUGUCUAUUAUCCGAACUCUGGCGAGGGUCCUCGCCCUCGGUAUCUCUGUUUGGAACCCGUCAUAGGGCUUCUCAAGCUCAUAGGAGUAUCUCCUGACCUCGCAGACUCUCUCCUAGAACACUACUUCGCCUCUCCUAGCCCGCCGGGCUUGGUCGCCCCGGUUCUUCGUCCCGCAUCCUUCUUAGUUACGGAGGAGACAGACAGACACCGGAUGCGGUCAAGUUCACAGACACUCCUCCUCUCGAUGCUCCUUGUGGCGAUUCUCGACUUUGAUCUUCCAUUUCCUGUCCAGUUGAGCGCACGGCAGGACAUAUACGAGCGUCUUUCGGCAUCCGUGACGGCACUCCUCCCGCUAGUGAAGUCACUGGGUACGUUGGACGACGCGAUCUGUUACAUUCAUCUUGCGGGAACCACUCCACUUAGCAUUUCACCGCUGAACGCGUUUACCUGGUGGAAACAGCUGUACGCAUGCGCCUUAUCGCUCAGGCUAAAUGAGGAGUUGAUACGGGACAGUGAAGGGGUGCGGUACAGCAGCGAGACACGAGAGGAGCGGCGCCGUGUCUUUUGGCUUGUGUAUUUUAUGGACUUGCACGUUUCGUUUAUGUGUAACAUGAGGGUUGUUUCGCAUUCGGAAAACAUCAGUCUCGAUGCCCUUCACCCGUGUAGUGAUGAAAGUUGGUUGGACAGGGAGAUAACUGAGUUUUGCGGGACGAAUGCCAUACCAGGCGAAAGCGCUAGCCUAGACGAAACGAGUAGCCUAGAAUACGGGCUAGGCGAAAUUGGGUUUAUUCAGAAGGAAUCCGGCGCAGAUUUGUCCCACCUGACGGUCCAACCUGACACCUUCGGCUUGUUCAUCGCGUUAUCCCAGCUCGCCUCCACAAAAUCUUCUCACAGCUUGUAUCUUGAAAUGUUCCAGGACUACCUGCCGCUCAGGCAGUCCAUUCGCCUAUACAACGCUGAGUUGGAGGCCUACCGUGACACCUUUUUGUCCAGCGAUUACCACUACUUCAAGUUCAUCACCGGGGUUAUGAAUGGAAUUAUUUAUCGUCCCUCCAGCUAUAAUACUGCGGUGUCUCAGAGGGCGAGACUGGGAACCCCGUCCUACAUAUGGGAGCCGGCAUUCGUCAUGGAGUCGCCGCUCAUGGAUUUUAGGGCGGUCACCACAGCCCCCGUCUCGGGCCAACUUCUUCUGAAGACAAGAUCAGGGCAGAGUUCCAUCCCAGAUGCAUGGGUGAUAGAGGGAGUCGGCCACUUGGAGAAAAUUCUGCGAGCCGACCCGGGCUUGCGUAGACAUCCACUUAUCAUGCAGUUCUUUUUAUUCGUACUCGCGGUCGAGGUGCUCAGCAUGACUGACAGCAUUCCGCAACGAAUCAGCACCUACGGGCUGUUUUAUGCCGAGUACAAGCGGUACUCAGAUAUCGUUGUACAUGCCAUCAAGGGGCUCACCACCACAUUGCAGUGUCCGUACUUGAAACUUGUUCAGAGCUACUGCUGCGAGGCCGUGAAAGACGUCUCGCGUUUGAUGCUAUCGGCGAACGAUGAGGAACCAGAGGUGACGGCUCGCAGGCUCCGGCGGAGACAGGGCUUGUCCACGUACAGCUGGUUGGGAGAUGCUACUGGAUUGGCUGCGUAG